UGUUUUUCUAUUUCAUCGAUCAAAGAUAUUUAGCUAGAGUGAAGUAAAUACCUUUACCCGAGACGUGUAUUUGUUGUGUUCGGGAGAUCUGGUGUUGGCGACUAAGUACGUUUACAUAAUACCCAUUAAACAAAAGGGAAAGGUGGUUGUAAGCGAGCAAAAUCACACCAACAGAUGACAUCACGUGUGUGAAUUUUAGCCAGCAACUACAAUCAAAUCGUGCCUUCCUAAACAGUGCGAAACCAUGGAAGCAAAGCAUAAGAAGAAAGUGUUUUCUCCAAAGGGCGAUAAGAAGUACGCACAGAAAGGAAAAGCGUUUCCUACAAAGGGCGAGAAGAAAAAUGUACAGAAAGGAAACGUAAAACCUUUCAAAGCUAAACCAGCUGGUAAACCAAGUGGCAAACCAAAAGGACCGUUCAAACCCCGCCCAGGAGAGAAGGGGAAGAAAUUCGAGAAGACGGGAGGAAAGGGGGGGCCACAGAAGUUUCUGAAGAAAAAACAGAAAGAUGGAAAGUUCUCAGGAAAGAGGAAAUUUCCCCAAGGGAAGGAAAAGCAGAAGGAAGGUCCUGAAGCGAAGAAGCCCAAAUGGGAUGAGUUCAAACAGCAGAAGAAGGAGCUGAAACAGAACCGCCAACAGAACGAGAGGAAAGAGAGCUACCAAAUUGUGAGCCGGGCCAAACAAGUAUGGGAGGCGGUCAGAAGGAAAGACUGUGAUAAAGCAAAAAGAGUCAAACUCAUGAAAGAACUUCAGGAACUUGUACAUGGUAAAGUAAAAGCUAUCGCCUUUGCACACGAUUCCACCCGAGUGCUGCAGUGCUUCAUCCAGUUUGGGGACGACAAGCAGAGGCAGGAGGUGUUUGAUGAGCUGAAAGAUCACUUUGUUGAACUUAGCAAGUCCAAAUAUGCAAGAAAUAUUGUGAAGAAGUUUUUAAUGUAUGGGAGCAAGCAGCAGGUGGGGGAGGUGAUGAAGGCCUUCAAGGGGCAGGUGAGGCAGAUGCUACGGCACUCUGAAGCCUCCUCGGUGGUGGAGUACGCCUACAACGACAAGGCCAUCCUGCCCCAGAGGCUCAUGCUGACUGAGGAGCUCUACGGCAACACAUUCCAAGUCUGUAAGUCUACAGUUUGUCCCACACUGGACAAAGUAUUGGAGAGCAACCCAGAGAAGCAGAACAGCAUUAUGGAGGAGAUGAAACAGAUCCUCACACCCAUGGCCCAAAAAGAGGCAGUCAUAAAACAUUCACUGGUCCACAAAGUGUUCCUGGACUUCUUCCUAUUCGCCCUACCCAAACAGAGAUCGGAAAUGAUCGAGUCGAUUCGGGAGGCAGUGGUGUACAUGGCCCACACGCACGACGGCGCCCGCGUUGCCAUGCACUGCCUGUGGCACGGGACGCCGAAGGAUAGAAAAGUCAUUAUAAAAACCAUGAAAACAUACAUGGUGAAGUUUGCUAUGGGAGAGUACGCGCACCUGGUGCUCCUCGCCGCGUUCGACUGCAUCGACGACACCAAGCUGGUGAAGCAGGCCGUCAUAUCCGAGAUCGUCGCAUCUCUGUCUGAUGUCAUCAGUAAUAAGUACGGGAAGAAGGUGAUCCUGUACCUGCUGAGUCCCAGAGACCCCGCCCACCUCCUACCGGAGAUCAUCCAGGUGCUCCAGAAGGGGGACGGAAACGCGCACAGUAAGAAGGACGUGGCCGUGCGGCGCAGGGAGCUCCUGGAGGCAGUGUCCCCGCCCCUUCUGCAGCACCUGUGUGACAACGCCCGCUCCAUGGCGAUGGACAAGGCCAGCAGCGUCGUCGUUAGUGACAUCCUGGGCGCGGCCACGGGCGACCUGCGGCCCGCCAUGCAGGCCGUGGCGGACCUGGCGACCGAGGAGUUCGCCCCUGGCGGAGCGGAGGGCCAGCUGCACAUGGCCGAGCACCCCGCUGGUCACCUGGUGCUCAAGUGGCUGAUCGAGCAGGACGCCAAGAUGGAGGAGGCCCAGAGAGAAGAGCGCUUCGCCAGGGUUCUGCUGGAGCAGGUGGGCCUGGACAAGCUGAAGACCUGGGCGUCCGUCAACAGAGGAGCCAUCGUGCUCUGCAGUCUUCUCCAGAGUGCAGACAAGGGUGUCGCAGACGAGUUGAAGUGUGCGCUGAAGUCCAUCGUUCCUGAGCUGAAGAAAAUUGAGAACUCAAAGGGAGUGGAAGCUCUGCUGGAAAAACUGGCCUAAUAGACUUUUUUCCCCACAAGAUUUAAAGCAGACAUUUUCUUACCUGGUUUUCUUACCAAGAUUUUCUGAGGCGUAGCAUACAUUUACCUUUCUUUUUAUACUUGAAGGUUAUACAGUCAUGAUGAUGCAGCAUCAGGCUUGUCUGCAGCUUCCGGAUGUCUAAAUUGCUGAAACUUGUGUCUAUUGUAAAGCAAACGUUUAAAUAUAAAAGAUGUGGAAAAUAUUUGGUGUCUUGCAAAAGAUUAUUGCCUCAAACAAUGGGGUGACUGUAUUAACAGGGCAAUGAUAGUACCAAUCAUAUACUCUUGCAACCACUGCCAUAUUUGUCCUGUAGACUUGCUCAGGAUACAGCGAGUAAUUUGUGCAUAGUUUGGGGCAGAUGGUCACCAGAUUUUUUUUUUUCUGCAUUUAAAAGAAGUGAAUUAAUGUUUUGACAGUCUCAAAAGUGGUCAUGACAAAGCAGAUUAAAAACAAAUCAAAAAUG